AUUGCUCUCUCUCUCUCUCUCUCUUGUCUUAGUUUCUCUGUGAGAUCAGAGAAAUCUCUUCGAAGCAUUCACUUCUUGUUCAUCUUCACGCCUUUUUCGUUAACUUGUUGCUUAUCCACUAAUCUCACUGCAAUCUUCUCGAUCGAUCAAGUUGUUGUACAAAAAGUGAAGGAAUCGGAGAUAACCGAGCAGGACUCGCUUCUACUGAUUGUGAAUGGAGGAGUACAAGAAUCGUUCGUGAAUGAGAAGCGAAUUGAGCUCGAGAUUCGGUCUUUGGCGGCCACAAUCAUGCGUUUCGCUAAGCAGACUGAUCAGUGGCUUGCUGCUUCUCGUUCUAUCAACACUGCUAUCAAGGAAAUUGGAGAUUUUGAGAACUGGAUGAAGACCAUGGAAUUUGAUUGUAAAAGCAUAAGUGCUGCAAUCUGCAACAUUCACCAAGCAUAAUGUCCCAAGGCAAGCGCUCAAGCCCUUUUAUUGUAUUUGUGUUCUGUAAACUAAUGGCGUGGAUCUAUUAGACAAGAUUUAGCAGAGGCUUGAAAAUCUUCUGGAUAUAUUUUUUUUUUCUUUCUUCCCUCCCGAAAAGGCAUUAUCCUUUUUUGUUUGUGGUAGUUACUUGCAUAUGCAUAAAGGGUAUGCAUGGUGCUUUUGGAGCAUUACCAGUCAGGGGUGCUUCAAUACCUAUGUGAUUACGUGUCUAAUAUUUUUGGCUGCAUUUUGGUAGAUCCUUCCAUGUGGAUACUUACAUUAUAUAUCUUAAGUUAGCCUUAGGUGUGUGUUUAAAGCGGUAAUAUAGACAAUGGGCUGAAAUAUUUCUCCUUUCGUGGUUUGAUUUGAAGGAGCCUCUUGUUCAUCGAAUACCUAAACUGUUGCGAAAACCAGAAACAUUUUUCUGUAGAUUGAACCAGCCAUUUUAUUACUUUCUGAAAAAUAGGUUAAGUUGAUUGCUUUUAUGAAUAGUUACAAAUUAAGGAAAGGUCAGUAUGUGUUGUGUAUGAGCUUGAUUGUUUGAAUUAUAUGCUUCUCCCAUUGAUGAAGAGAACCGUCCUCGAAUUCAAUCUUUUCAUAGCAUUUGUGUGAAUGACUGUUUUUGGUUAGUUGGUUUAAAAUUUUUUAUUUGUAUGUUUUUCUUUCCCUUCUGUAUUUCAUUUUUGUGCCAAAGAUAUCUUCUUGUCCAGACUUCUAGUUUUUUAUUCCAUAGAUGCAUGAACAAUGUUGUUGGUCUUAUUCAUCAUUUUUCAAAAUUUUACAGUAUUCUCUACAUUUUUGUAGGAUUGCUUCUUCUAA